AUGAAGACCUGCCCUGAAGCCGCUUCAGCGCAGCAGCAGCAACAGGGGAGCCACAGUUCUGCUGCUGCUGCGCCCGUUGCUGCUGCACCUACUGCUGCUGCUGCUGCUGGCAGCAAUUUAGAAGCAGCAGCAGCGGCAAAAACAACAGCGGCAGCAGCAGCACGUCCGGUAGAACCAAAGGCAGCAACAGCAGCAGCAACAGCAGCGGCAACUGCAGCAGCAGAAACAGCAGCAACAACAGGUAGAACUGCGCCAAAUAGAAAGGCAACAGCAGCAGCAAAUGCUGCGAAACCAGCAGCAGAAGCAGUAGCAGCGAAUGUUGCAAAGCCAGCAGCAGCAACAGCAGCAGCAAAUGCUGCGAAACCAGCAGCAGCACCAGCAGCAGCACCAGCAGCAGCACCAGCAGCAGCAGCAGCAACUUACAAAACCGCUGUUGCUAACUUUUCUCCCUUCUUUUUUGAAUUUUCAGAAAUCCCGAAAGUCUGCAGCGAACAAUUUGCGCUGUACAUACAGCCCAAGUCUGCUGCUGCUGCAGCAGCAGCAACAGCAGCAAGGGGAGCCGCAAAUGCAGCAGCAGGUGCAGCAGCAGCAGGUGCUGCGCCACCGACAGAUGGGGAGAGGGACUGCUGCGCUGCUGCUGCUUGCAGCAGUCUUUGGGCGGCAGCUCUUGAAUUUUGCUUCAGCCGAGCAGCAGCAGCAGCAGCUGCUGCUGCUGCUGCUGCACCAGCAGCACCUGCAGCAGCAGCAGCUGCCGCAGAAGUAGCAGCAGCAGCGGCGGCCGCAGCCAUUGAUAUGAUCGGCAGUAACGGCCUGCAUGCAGCAUCAGCACCUGCUGGUGCUGCACUUGCUGCUACUGCUGCGCCUGCUGCUGCUGCUGCACCUGCUGCUGCUGCUGCUGCUGCUGCUGCUGUGGACGCCGAUUGGGUCUCUUCUUUCUUGUCCCUUUCUUUCCUCCAAAGUAUCGCCAGACACAAACCGGAGCUUCUCUUCAGCGCAGAAUUUGCUGCUGCGCCUGCUGCUGCUGCUGCUGCUGCAGGCAAUGCUGCUGCUGCUGAGGUGGAGGCAGCAGCAGCAGACUGCUCACAGCAGCAUACGCAGCAGGAGCGACAGCAGCAGCUGUGCCCGCGAGAAGCCACAGCACCACAAAGGGCAGCAGCAGCAGAACCAGCAGCAGCAGGAUCAGCGGCAACAAUCAGCAGCAGCCUGCAGCAGCAGCAACUGCUGCAGUUUGUGCUGCUGCAGCUGCAGUCGCUCCGCAGCAGCAGCAGCAGGGCAGGAAUGCGAACUGUAGCUGCGCUUUGCCGAGGCUUGCUGGUGCUAUACCAGCAGCAGCAGCAGCAGCAACAGCAGCAGCAGCAGCAGCAACAGCAGCAGCAGGAACAGCAGCAGCAACAGCAGCAACAACAACAGCAGCAGCAGCAGCAGCAGCAAAUAUGUGCUUGCCUAGCUUUGAUGCUGCACUAUUUUGUUCCCCCUUUGCUGCUGAGAGCAGCAGCAGAGAAACGCUUUCUUGCUGCUGAGGCUGACGAAGCAAUUAAACAAUUGGCGCACUUGGCUGUUGCUGUGCCUUGGCUGAUUCCGCUGCUGCUGCAGCUGCUGCAGCGGCAGCUGCUAGCUGCUCGCACAGCAGCACCUGCAGCAAAGCUGCUGCUGCAGCUGCUGCAGCUCUCAUUGGCACGACACCAGCAGCAGCAGCAGCAGCAAGUGCUGCAGCCGCAGCAGCAGCAAGAACACGAGCCACAGAAGAGAGCUGACGAGGAUGCUUCUGUUGCUGCUGCUGCAGCUGCCUCCGAGGGCUGCUCAAAGCAGCAGCAGCAGCAGCAGCAGCAGCAGUUUUUGCUGCAGCAAGUUGUGCGUCCCUGUUUGCUGCUGCUGGCCCCUCUCUCAAGGGCGCCGCAGCAGGAAGUAAGAGAAGCUGUGAGAGCAGCAGCAGCAGCAGCAUGCAGUUAUCCGUGGCGGCUCAGCAGCAGCAGCGGCAACAGCAACAGCAGCAGAUGCAGCAGCAGCAGCAGCAGCAGCAGUUCUGCUGAAAAUGCAGCAGCAAAUGUCGCAUGCGGAGAUGCUGCUGCUGCUGCUGCUGCGGUGCAAGCUGCGGAAGAUCCACCUCGUCUUGCUUUGCUGCUGUCGCAGUUUGCCGAGGCAGCAGCAACAGCAGCAGCAGCAACCCCACCAGCCACAGCAGCAGCUAAUGCUGCUACCGCAGCUGGCGGAGAUGCAGCAGCAGGUGGCAUCGCUGCUGCUGCUGCUGCUGCUGCUCAGCAGCUGCUGCGUGAAGCAUGGAGGGCCUCCCAAGGAAGACCCCAAAGGCUACUUCAAAGUGCUGCUGCUGCUGCUGCUGCAGCUGCUGCUGCUGCAGGGAGUGCAGCGAGUCGAGCCUUGUUGCACCAGAAGAGCCAAAGGCGCUCCCCUGCUGGCCAGCAGCAGCAGCAGCAGCAGCAGCAACUGCAGCAGAGGCAGCAACGCCAGCAGCAGCAACAGCAGCAGCAGAGAGAGGUCAGCAAGCAGUCAGAUUCGUGUGGGGCUAAAACUGCAGCACCAGCAACAGCAGCAGCAGCACCGGCACCAGCUGCAGCAGUAACAACAGCUGCAGCAGUUACAGCUGCUGCAGCAGCAGCAACUGCAGUAGCAGCAACUGCAGCAGCAGCAACUGCAGCAGGAGCAACUGCAGCAGCAGCAACUGCAGCAGCAACUGCAGUUACACAAGCUACAGUAGCACCAGCUGCUGCCGCCGAAGCAGCAAAGAGGGACGACGCAGCAACCGAGGAGAGAGAAACCGCAGCACCGCCUCUAGGAGCUCUGAAGCAGCAGCAGCAGCAGCAACAGCAGCAGCAGCAGCAGCAAAAACGGCCCUGCAAUCCUGUGGUUGUUUGCUGCCUUCAUGAAAACAAACGCUUUAAACAAAACGCAGUCAGCGAGCCCACUCUUCAAGCAGCAAAUCCAUAA